AUGGAUACGAGUAUGUGUGUAUGUGGAAAAAGAAAGGGGAAUUUAAAUACUACUAAUUGGACGCGUCAUAUUAAAAGUUGUAAAAAAAUUAAAAUGACUGAAAAAACUGAAAAAAUAAAAAUUACCAAGUAUUUUUCUAAACCAUCAUGUUCCAAAGAUAUUGGUGUUUCUAUUGUUGAUAUUGAAAACCAAGCUGAGGAUUUGGGACAAAUGAAUGUCCCAGAUACUACACAUAUUAUUCCUAGUUUUUUUCCUCCUGAGGAAAAUAUAGUAAACUGUGAAUUGGCUUCAUCGGCAGAUAUUGGUGUUUCUACUGUUUAUAUUGAAAACCAAGCCGAGGAUUUGGGACAAAUGAAUGUCACAGAUACUACACAUAUCAUUCCUAGUUUUUUUCCUCCUGAGGAAAAUAUAGUUAACUGUGAAUUGGCUUCAUCGGCAGAUAUUGGUGUUCCUACUGUUGAUAUUGAAAACCAAGCUGAGGAUUUGGGAAAAAUGAAUGUCACAGAUACUACACAUAUUAUUCCUAGUUUUUUUCCUCCUGAGGAAAAUAUAGCAAACUGUGAAUUGGCUUCAUCGGCAGAUAUUGGUGUUCCUACUGUUGAUAUUGAAAACCAAGCUGAGGAUUUGGGAAAAAUGAAUGUCACAGAUACUACACAUAUUAUUCCUAGUUUUUUUCCUCCUGAGGAAAAUAUAGCAAACUGUGAAUUGGCUUCAUCGGCAGAUAUUGGUGUUUCUACUGUUGAUAUUGAAAACCAAGCCGAGUAUUUGGGACAAAUGAAUGUCACAGAUACUACACAUAUUAUUCCUAGUUUUUUUCCUCCUGAGGAAAAUAUAGUAAACUGUGAAUUGGCUUCAUCGGCAGAUAUUGGUGUUUCUACUGUUGAUGUUGAAAAUCAAGAUGAGGAUUUGGGACAAACUAAUGUCACAGAUACUAUUCCUAGUUUUUUUUCUCCUGAGAAAAAUAUAGUAAACUGUGAAUUGGCUUCAUCGGCAGGAGUAAUAGGACAAGUUGACUCAAUGGUAGAUAAUGAUCCUGUAAGAUUUUCUAAUACCAUUACAAAAUUAAGUUUUGAACAGAAGAAGUAUAUUUUAUGUUUGGGUCCUUGUCAACCAACUACUCAGCAGAUGCCACUCCGACAAUUCCCAAGAACAAACAAAUACAGUUUCCGUGCUCAAUGGUACACUAAAACUUUGCCUGAUGGGUCAAUGGGAUUCCGAAGAGUUUUUGACUUUGUAUGUAGCAGUAAAAACCGUGUAUUCCUUUUUGAACAAAAUCAAAAAAUCCGAAACCCUAACUUGCCGGUUCGUCGUUUGAAACGUGUAACUACUACUAGGUGGAGUAGCCAUUCUACAGCUCUUAAUACAGUUUUACUGACUUGGGCAUCCUUAGUUGAUACACUGGAAGAUCUUUGGAAAUCAGAAGCUUCAUCAGAUGCAUCGUCAUUUCUUUCAUAUUUUCAAUCUGAAAGAUUUCUUUAUACAUGUUUUUUAUUUAAAAAAAUAUUUUCUGUACUAGAUCCAUUAAGCAAAACAUUUCAAGCGAUUGAUAUAGAUCUUAUCACUGCAUCAUCAAUGAUAACAUCAAAAAGAGGUCAAUUAUUAAAUAUUCGCAAUGAAUUUAAUUCAAUUGUCAUCGAAGUGAAGCAAUUUAUUCAAAAUCAUCUGGAUGAAAAUUUUACUCCGUUACCACAAAAACGGUCAAGAAAAAGAAAAAUAAUGUCCGGGGAGAAAGCAACCGAUGAACCAACAUCUGACCCUCUGACUAAUUUUAAAUAUCACACUUUUUACACGGUGCUUGAUAUCAUAUGCAGUCAGAUUGAUCAGAAAUUUAACAAUGACACUAUAUCUAUUUUUAAAGAUUUAUCCCUUCUUACAAAAAAAAGAAUUUUAGAAAUAAAAAUGGAUACUAACAAAAUACCUUGUGAUGCAUUUGAAGGCAUAGCGUCGAUAUAUUCAACAUUUUUAAAUGCAGAAGCAUUAAAUACAGAAUAUUUAUGGCUUAUUGAUUGUUUUUCAAAUUUAGAAAAAACAAUAAAUUUAACUAAAUAUCUUCAUAAGGAUGAGGAUAAUGAAUCAACCAAUUCUUCAGAUUUUGAAUCGCACAUUUCCGAGUCUGAUGAAGAAUUAAUUUCUCAAUGUCCCAUCGAAGAAUGUACAAACAGCAGUUCCCUUAUAUAUAUGUUUAAAUUAUUUUGCAGCUCAAAUAUAAGGUUUACACUGCCUAAUAUUUAUAUGUUAUUAAAAAUCGCUGUGACGCUACCUGUGUCCAGUGCUUCUACUGAACGUAGUUUCUCGAAGCUUAAAAUUAUAAAAACAAGAUUGCGGUCUACAAUGGCUGAGUCGAGAUUGGAGGGACUUAUGCGCAUUGCAUGCGAACAGGAUGUUCCAAUUAAUACAGACAAUGUGAUUAAUAAUUUUGCUAAAAACAGUAAUAAACUGUUAAAAAUAUUAACUUAA